GUAGUCACGUAGUAUGGAGAAGGGACGUGUUUUUAGCAGACGAUAUCGGCCCAGUGUACUGUACUUAACCUGUAAACUUUUACCACUCGCCCUGCCCCGUGGUCAUUAAACUUUACAAACACGUAUAAUCUGGACAACACUUAGUGCAUGUUGAAAAGCACGUGGCUACAUGUGUGAACUAUGGGAUGUUAGUGUGUUGCAGACUCAUGGAUACAUACGGCGGCUGUCAUCGUUCGAUACACAUUAUUCUCCUCGUGUCUUGGGCUGGAUAUGCUGCAGGGGGUCUUUGCUGGGCCAACAUAUCGCCGUCCAGUACGUGUAGUACCCUAUAUAGAGCUAACAUCACCCAGGAGGAUUGCUGUCGUCACACAUUCUCCCCCUCCAUAGGCUGGUCACCCUCCGAUUUUCUCACCAACGGCCAGGUGUUUUACUGGAAGGCUCUCAUGAAAGGCGUGUCCAACUGCCAUCGCUGUCAUAAUAGUUGUGCCAACAUCCGAUGUGUUCCGGGUCGUGUUUGCCGGAUGCGGAAGAGAGUACCUAAGUGCGUGUGUCGGCCCCAGUGUACGGACGAAAUGCGGAAGCGUGGCUCCAUAUGUGGCACCGACAGCGUCACAUAUAAGAACUACUGUCACAUGCUCAAGCGAAACUGUAGAAAGAACCAACAGACACACGUUGCCUACUUUGGCAAGUGUAAACGUGCGUGUAAGAGGGUGAAAUGUCUGACCGGAACUCAAUGCUUGGAGGACCAGAAUGGACUUCCUCAUUGUGUGCGAUGCCGGUCAAUUUGCCCGGUGAUAACCAAUCCUAACUUUGUGUGUGGUGAUGACCAAGUGUCCUAUCCCAGCGUCUGUCACGUGCGGGCCUCAAUUUGCAUUCGACAGACACCAAUACGUAUCGCGUACGGAGGCAGAUGUCGAGAAAACGCGACAUGUUCAGACACGAUGUGUCCUGACAACUAUCAGUGUUUGGUGAAUAGAAAAACACUUCAGCCCAUGUGUGUCAACUGUCGUAUGAAGUGUUCACCAAUGUCCACUGUCCCUGUGUGUGGUACGGACGGGGUCAGCUACGACAAUUAUUGCAAGCUGUUUAAUACGUCAUGCGAGUCCGGAGUCUUCAUCACCACCAAACACAGUGGUCACUGCCAUAGUCGAAAAAGAAAUUUUAACAGAACAUGCAAGAAAUGCAAAAGAAAAAAGAGGAGAAAACAAAGACGACGACAACAGCGACGAUAUAAGACGAGCGUAGGAUAUUACAAAGUAAAUGUCUACAAACCACCAAAGUCCGGACAAUCAGAACGGAUCCUGAAACUGCGAAUUAUCUCCGAUUCGGAGAGUUUGUCACGUGAUAUCAGUUGACCCGAUGUCUGAGUGAAAGGUAAAAGGUUAUUAAGUGCAUUCCGAACGAGAAACUGGGAUAUCCAGAGAUGUUUAUCUGUGAUGUAACAGAGACAGACCCGUACCUGUCUGUAAAAUUUCACUGACGCUACUGGGCGUGGAUUAUUUACCCAAUGAGGGUGGACAAUUCCAGACAUUUUGGUAUGAGGAAGUGACGUCAUGGAGAAUACCUGGCCAGAAACGAGACCGAGGCUUUGAAAAAGCCAUGGCUGCGAAUAUGUCAUCAGCAGCUUAUAUAUAAAUCUAUUGAUAAUUUAUUGUUCUUUGUUUUAUUGGCACCAAAACCUCAUUGUUGUUUCAUAUCAUAAUAAUAUAUUGUGUAUUUGUCAUCGUAAUUAUUCAAUAUGUAGAUAACUAUCGCCAUUAUCAUCGUUAUAGUCCUCUUAGACGUUAUAAUCUCAUCAUUUUAUCAUAGUCACCAGAGUCAUGUGACUGGGUCGGCAAGUGUUGUGUCAUGUGAUUGGUCUAAUGUGUUUGAUCAUGUGACUAGCUAAAUGCCCGUUAUGUCAUACGAUUGGUCUAACUUGUGUUGCGUCACGUGACCGACCGAAUUCCCGUUGUGUCAUACGACUGGUCUAUUUUGUGUUGUGCAAUGUGAUUGGUCCAAUUCGUGUUGCGUCACGUGACUGGCUGAAUUCCUGUGGUGUCAUACGACUGGCCUUACUUGUGUUGUGCCAUGUCGCCAUGUGACUGGUCUUACAGAUAUUACGUCAUGUGGCCGAAUACCCCUCUUGUUGUUAGGUAUUUGCAAAUAUAUGCGAAGGUAAAUAACGCUGUCUUGGUUCUUUCUGGUGGCGAUUUAUGACACCAGCUACAUGUAUGUUCGAGCUGGACGUGCGUGCAAAGUGUGAGUGAGUGACUGGUAUUUACGGAGAACUAGAGCAGACUGCGUCUGGACUAAUUACAGGAUACAAUAUUAGUUGGUAGGUUACUAAACUAGGCCACAGACACCACUUAAUGUAUCUGUUGGAUUGAGCUGGCCGUCUGUCAUUGGAUAUGGUGAUAAAAAGAAGACAUUAGACAUGUUUGUUACGUGUUUGCCUUUAUGUAUCCAACUAGAUAGCAUGCUUUUCUCGGCUUCGACACGUUUUCAGGAUCAGAUAGUAUAAAGAAAGCCAGUUUGUCACUUAGGAACGUGAUAAAAAAGUCUACUACACGCGCGCCAGAGAUCUAUUGCCGAAAAGUCAGGAGGACUAACUGGGAAAGAUAAGCCGCCUCAUCUCUUGUGAUUCAGACGAUUUGUUAGCUCCAUAUGCCGUUCUGAUAUGCAUGCCAAACUACGUCGAUAAUUCUACUAUGAAGGUUUCUAUUCUAUAAAUAUCACAACAAAAUGGCAAAAUAUCCGUACAAGUUACUUCAGGUCGGAAGUAGAAUCCGGAAUUUAUCAUCCGGUUUCCAAAUGGUUUGAUUCCAAAAUUACUUCGUCCUCUGCGUAUGUACCAACAGUUCUGAAUUGAUUUGAUGACGACAUUUUGGGGAAGUGUCUUUCGGAUGGAAAGGAGUUUCUCUCAUUUCAUCAUGUUGUAGAGAAAUCUCUAACAUAGGGGCGAUAUUCUUGGUUGGCUAACCGGAUGCUCUAGGGAGGGGAUGAUUUGUUUUCUCCUUGAAUUUAAUUGAAGAGAAAAUGAAUCAUUCUGUCCCUUAGGAGUGAGAUCUCAACCCUCAACCCCUCUAAAGCUGCUAAAUUCCCGGCUAGUAUUGUGUUCGGUAACGAUCCAAAGGGGGUAUAUUCUCUGACGAGUGCUUCGGAUGUCUGGCCCCAAAUAGAAUAGGGCAUACCAUUGAUCUAUUAAAAACAUGACCCACAGAUUAAAAAAACCGUGGUAGACAGAAAUUUACUCAAGGUCAAAGUCAAUGUCACAAAGGUCAAAUUCCGUUCAAACUGGAAACGUUAUUGCCAAAGGUAAACGUCACCAUAUCAAAGUUCAUAGUCUAUAAAAGGUCACCAGGUCAGUGUCUAUGGUCUAUAAGGUAAAGGUCACAAGGUCAAAGUCCAUGGUCUAUAAGGUAAAGGUCACCAGGUCAAAGUCUAUAGUCUAUAAGGUAAAGGUCACCAGGUCAAAGUCUAUAGUCUUUAAGGUAAAGGUCACCAACUCAAAGUCUAUAGUCUAUAAGGUAAAGGUCACCAACUCAAAGUCUAUAGUCUAUAAGGUAAAGGUCACCGGGUCAAAGUCUAUAGUCCAUAAGGUAAAGGUCAUCAGAUCAAAGUCUAUAAUCUAUAAGGUAAAGGUCACAAUUUCAAAGUUCAUGGUAUAUUAGGCAAAGGUCACCAGGUCAAAGUCUGGUCUAUAAGGUAAAGGUCACCAGGUCAAAGUCCAUGGUCUAUAAGGUUAAAUUCAUAUAAAAGCGAUCAAUCUUGAGUAGUAAGUACUCGUAUUUGAUAGGAUUACGAAGCAUACUUGUGCAAGAAACAAUUUGAAUGGAGGCCAAAUACUCACAGGCAUUUAAUUUCGUUUCUUUUAAUUUCUAAUUGUUUAUAUACCUAUCCAAUGUCUUCAGUCUAAGGUCAGCACCACAACAGCUAUUGCUUAGUAAUACCAAAUACCAGUACUCCUUUUAUAGUAUGGACGAAGAAAUCAAAGCCUUUAGCCUCCUGUCUGUGUUAUCAGUCCAGUAUCGCGUAUAUGUCCUGUAAGGUGAGCAGAAUGGGUUAUAUUUUUCAUGUCGUGUUUGUAUGUAAAAAGUUGAAAGUAUGUAAAUGACGAUUGGCAUUGCGGCGUUGUCCCGUGUAUUGUGUUUCUUAUCUACUAUAUCGCUUACUAAGUAUGAAGUCAGUAGAGCGUGAACUCUCGUUGAAGCGGGACAUUUCCUUUAAAACCAGUAGAGUGUGACGAUUCGGUGAAGCGUGUCGUGUAUCUGAUGUGUAACACAAGUAGAGUGUGACUUGCAAGUAGAGUGUGACGUUUCGGUGAAGCGUGUCUUGUACCUGAUGUGUAACACCAGUGGAGUGUGACGUUUCGGUGAGGCGUGUCGUGUACCUGACGUGUAACACCGGUAGAGUGUGACGUUUCGGUGAAGCGUGCCGUGUACCUGACGUGUAACACCGGUAGAGUGUGACGUUUCGGUGAGGCGUGUCGUGUACCUGACGUGUAACACCGGUAGAGUGUGACGUUUCGGUGAAGCGUGUCGUGUAUCUGAUGUGUAACACCAGUGGAGUGUGACGUUUCGAUGAAGCGAGUUGUGUACCUGAUGUGUAACACCAGUGGAGUGUGACGCUUCGGUGAGGCGUGUCGUGUACCUGGCGUGUAACACCGGUAGAGUGUGACGUUUCGGUGAAGCGUGUCGUGUAUCUGAUGUGUAACACCAGUGGAGUGUGACGUUCAGGUCGUGUACCCAGUGUGACGUAACUAAAUUCAUCCCUAUCGUUGUAUAUCCCAAUUUCACCUUUCUUAGGUGACAUGACUCUUACAAUUAUUUCACCUAUCAUAAUCAUCAUUUUAAGAAGUUUAUUUAUGUUUCAUUAAAUGCAACAUUAUAAAAUA